AUGAAUUGGUUUAAUGCUCUACCCACAAGAUCAAUCGACACUUUCGCUCGGUUAUCAUUGCGUUUCACCAACCAAUUCGCCAUCAAUAAGCAAUACGCUAAAACUCCAGCACAUCUUUUUUCUAUCGUACAGAGAGACAAUGAAACACUCCGCAACUACAUCAGGCGUUUUGUGGAAGCUGUCCAUGAAGUUCCCACUGUAGGACAAGACAUGCUCUCAGGGAUCAUGCAGCAAAACCUGAAGUCGGGUAGGUUCAAAGAAUCUAUCGCUGGAAGACCUCCUGGCAACUUAGAUGAGUUGUUAAAUCGAGCUGAAAAAUACAUACGCAUAGAGGAAGCCUCUGCCAAUGCUCAUCCUAAGAGAAAGAGAGAAGAUGACCGCCCGGAUAUUCGGAGACGAGAUGAUUGA